UGAUGUUGUGCUGUGACUGCGAGUCGUCAUUAGGGCGCUCUGCGGGGAGCCGUACAAGAAGCAGCAGCAGCAGGUGCGCGUACCUCCAAGCAGCAGCAGCCGCCUAGGGAGGGCUCCUCAACUCUUUAAUAUGGAGGAAUUUCUGCAACGCACCAAAUCCACACUGGACCAAAGUAAACACUUGGAGAAAGUUCACAUUGCCAUUGGAAAUAAAUGCUGUGAUUUGGAUUCCAUAAUUUCCACAUUAGCUUAUGCAUACUACUUAGACAAGAUGACAUCAUCAAGGGUCCUUUGUCUGCCUGUUCUAAAUGUUACGAGAGUUGAAUUCAGCUUCUACAGCGAGACACGAUUUAUAUUGGAGGAGCUGGAUAUCCCUGAAUCAUAUCUCACCUUCAAAGAUGAAAUCAACCUGCAUAGGCUGAAUGAGGAGGAAAAGUUAUCAGUGACACUUGUUAACUUCAGUGCCUUUACCAGUGAAGAUGAAAAUUUGGCAUCAUCAAUUGUGAAAAUCAUCAAUCCAGGAAAGAGAUUUGAUGGUGAACAAGAGAUCCAUGACUCAUCUUCUGCCUUUGUUGCAAGAGAGAUUCUGCAGGAGGCACCUGAACUAGUUACUUGCCAGCUAGCUCAUGUUCUUAGAGGAAGCAUUCUGUUUUGCUGCUUGUCUGCUGAGCAUGAAAGACUACCCACAGAACAGGAGGAGAUCAUAGGCAUCUUGGAGCAGAGGUUUCCUGAAUUACUAUCUCGAGAAGAACUUAUUAGUAGCCUACAGGAGACAAGGCUGCAUACGCAAGGUGCUAGUCUUGAAGAAAUCAUACUCAAAGAAUUCAAAGAAUUGUCUGAUGGAGACAUUAAAGUAGCCAUUACAACUAUGCACAUGUCUUUGGAGGACUUAAUGAGCUACAGGAACAUCAUUGGUGAUCUGAAAGUAUUUCUUGAUAAAUAUGAAAUUGAUAUACUUAUCCUUUUGGCCAGCUACACAUGUGGAGAACAGUCAUCAAGACAACAAAUUGCAGUCUAUUCAGACAAUCCCGAACUAUGUAGUCAAGUUUGCUGUGAAUUGGAAGAAUGUCAGAAUCCCUUUCUUGAUCUCCAGCCAUCAGACAAUGGGUGGGAUCAGUUUUUUGUUUACCAUCAAGAAAGCCCAUUGGUGACCUGUGAUCAAAUUGCAGCAAUCAUCAAAGAUGCCAUCAACAGAAGGCGUAUAGGCAUGGUUCCCAAUAGCCGUACUUCCUCUACAGAGGCUGUUGCAGGGAGUGCUCCAUUGUCUCAGGGUUCAUCUGGUAUUAUGGAAUUAUAUGGCUCUGAUGUAGACCCUCCUCAAAAUCCUGUGAAUUUUCCAGAUAAUCAGCAGGAGGCAAAUGGAUCUGCACAAGUCCAGGUAGAUGUCAACAUAGAUCUUGUAAGCCCAGACAGUGGCCUUGCUACAAUAAGAAGCAGCCGUUCAUCUAAAGAGAGCUCUGUUUUUCUUAGUGAUGACAGUCCAGUUGCUGAAGCUGCUGGUUCUCAUCAUAAUUUUUCUGCAGGCAUUGAUUCUUAUGGGCCUAUCCCAGAAUGUGUCAUCAUUGAAGAAGAAACACCUACAUCCAGAAACAGUGAUAACAUUGAUCUAUUUAGCUUUGAUCUAGCUCCAAACAUCCAUUCUGAAUCUUCAUCACAUUCUGCUGACUAUUCAAUGGCUGAUGAUUUUUUCUUUCAGAGUGAUUCCUCAGAAGGACAUCAAGCUGUUGCUCAGAAAGAACAUAAUGAAUUGCGGUUCUACAGAGAAAAUAUGGCUAACUGUUCAACCUCAUUAUUGCAACCAAAAGUUGCUAAUGUUUCAUUAGCGGAAGUAGAAAAUAUAAGUUUAGUAGAAUUUGAUGACAACUUCAUGCAUAGUCCUGAGAACCAUGAGGACUUAUGUGAUAAAAAUCCAAGUAUUAGUGAUCUGGCUGAAUAUGAUGCCACUUUAUCUUCUGAGGUCCUUGGACAUGCAGAAGUUAAAGUUCCCCCAACACCAAUGAACAGUUUAGUUGAAAGUUCUCCACUGGACAAUGGGCCACCCACCUUUUUCUCAGAUGAUGUCAUAGAAAAUAUAAACAAACUAGGAUCUUCAGACAUAUCUCAGGUUAAAUAUGGGUACUGGAGGAAUGGAGAGGACCCAGAUGCCCUGUUGAAUGACACAUGGAGUUCAAGUGAACAGGAGUCUGUAUUUCAAAGCCCAGGCUCGUGGAAAGACCAAAAGCCAAAGGACAAUAAUGAAAGUAGAAACUUAGUUGAUUCAUUUCAACUAAUGGGACCAUCCAGUUACAGGCAAAAUAACAGAGGCAAUCAUGAUAAAAACACUAUGCAAGAAAACAGACCUUAUUCUGAUGUAUGGAAAGCAAACAAACCAUUACAUAGCGGGUCAGAUCCAUGGUGUGAUUCCUCAGAUAAACUUGUACAGUGUAACAACGAACCAGAUAAUUCUUGGAGCGCAUUGCAUGGCAUAAAACAUAGGAAAUAUUUUACAGAAAUUAAUGAAGUAGGUGAUACAGAGAGUGACCAGUAUUCUGAAAAUACUCCCAUUGUCGUGGAAACUAAAAUGGGUCAAGAUAUGCAAGAAGAAAACAAACAUUCCAAAAAGGCAAAUGGAAUUCCUAAUUUAGUAAUAAGCUCAAAAUGCAAUGUCUUUGAAUCGGAUAUAGAAGGAACUACUGAUUUAAAACACAUACACAGAAAUCUUUGUGGCUGGGAUUUAUAUGACAGUAAUCAAGAGCCAAGUGCUAUAGAUGACCAUAUUGCCUGGGAAGACCCCUUUUUGUCUUAUCGAUGUAUUGAUUUUACAUCUCCUACUACAAGUAAGGAUUGCAUAGUUUCUCCUCCAGACACCAACUACUCCACAUCUGACUCAAUUUCAUCACCUCUUUAUGAUGAUGAUUUGCAUGAAAACCUGUGGCAAGAGCAAAAUGCACCUGAGCAAACUCAAAAUUUCUUACCUGCUGCUUACACUGAGGAAACCAUAUUAAAUAAUACAAGUGCUCCAAAUUCUGCAAGUAGUGAUAUGAAUGAAGGUAGAGAAUCACCUGGCUUUUGCAUAACAACUGAGAAAACAAGUGAAGCUGUUGUCGAAAUGCAAGAAAACGACACAAUGAACAACCAGAAAAUUUGCCUGUUGCAAGACAUUGGCUCUGAACGCAAUAAUGGAAAAAAAAAGGUACUAAAUAGAAUACAUGUAUCUAAUGAGAUUGAUGACAGGUUGGAAUGUUCACCCAAAGCAAGCAAUGAUAGUAUAUUUCAGUUUUCUGUUGAAAGUAAUUGUUCAAGUCCUUUUGAUAUUAUUCAGAGUGAUUUUCAGAGCUCUUUGUUGCCAUGUACCUCAAAAGAUUCAUCGCCAAAUAAUUUAUCAGAUAAUACUUUGUUAGGAAAGCAUGAGCCUCAUCCAAAAGUUCAUAAACAUAGCAGUUUAAACACUGAUCUCCUUAAUGACCUUGAGUCUGUAAAGCCACCAGCUAUCCAACUGGGUUGUUCUACUAUACCACAGAAGGUAUUAAAAGUGUCUGAAACACAGAAUGAAACCACAGGCGCCCGUCAGCUCAUGUUUCACACACAAGAAGAUGAAAACUUUGAUGUUAACAUUAAUCGUGAAUAUGAAGAUGCUUGGGAUUUGCAGUAUGACACAGAAUCUUCUUCUUUAAACACUCCAGAUGAAUUGGAAAAUUCUAGCUUAAGUUAUUUACCAAAUGUUAAUCUGCUUAAUAAUUCGAUUUCAAGUAUAAAAGAAGGCCACGAGGCCUUAAACAAAAAUUCAGAUUCAGUUAUCCAUUUGUCACCUGUCAAUGACACUAGAUUUCAGGCCAGUAACGACAAUCCUGAGAAUUUAACUCAAAACUCAUGCCCAGAGACUUAUAAGUUGCAAAAGCCCUCAUUUUCAGAAAAACUUUCACUCACUGAAAAGGAAUCUGUUAGCAAGAAGAUUGAGAUUAAAGAAAAUAAUUUCAACCCUUCAAGCCUUACUGUUGAAGGUGCUGUUUGCCAAGAUGAUAUAAUAAAUAGUCCUCAAAGCAUCUCAGGAUCUGCUGAAACUGAUUCAGAUUUAAGUCCAGAGGUAGUUAAUAUCAAUACAUCUGAAGAACUAAAACUGAAUGCUUGUUAUAACGAAAACAAUCUAAGUGGCUCUUCACUUUCCAGUUCAACAAGCCCAGAGCCAGCGGCCGAUGGCUGUAACACUACAUAUGAUGAGACAACGUGUGCAAGUAAAAAUGGAUAUCUUCCGGUUUCAAAAAAUAAUGUGCAACUCUACAGCUUCUUGAAAUCUAAUUCAGAUACAGGUGAUAAUGUUAAUGCCCAGAUGAUCCCACUGAACACUAUUAACAAAGUUCCAAUGAAUCUAGAUAUUUGGAAUACUCGGGUAUGUGAAGAUUCUGAGUCUUCAACUUCUAGCCCUGAGUCAAAUGAAGUUCUAGAUCAUUCCAGUUCAUUAGAGAAAUAUACUAAAAACUGUUUUGAGAAGCAACUAUUGGAUUUGGAUUCUACAGGAUCAACGUUAUUUGAGAACAAUGAGUCAAAUUCAACUACUCCAGGCAUAGAAGACCAAACAUUAGAAGAGCAGCUAGGUUGUGUCCACAACUUUUCUUCUGUGGAGUACAAAACAGAACAGAGCAAUGCAGAUCUUGAUGUAACUGAAUCUACUCUAUAUUAUAACAAUCUAGUGGAUUGCUAUGCUGUAGAUCCUAAUGACAGGAAUGCAAUAUCAUUACAAACAUUAUUACCCGACUACAAGAAUUCUGAACAGCAAGGAAAUGAAAUAUUAGAAUAUUCCUCCUUAGAAUCACAAAGCAAUACACUGUCACAAAUUGAACAAAGCCAUUGGCCUACAAGAAAUUGCAAGUGUGCAGAUAUAGUCCCCUUGGCAUCAUUUAGUGGAGAUUAUCCUUCACCUCAUCAUUGCUUUGAGGAUCCUUCAAAGGAAAAGGAAAAUAUCUGGACAAGAAAUACAGAUGUUAGCUAUAUGUCUCCGUCUGACUCUGAAGAUAACUUUAACCCUAAAUUAAACAGAGGAGAAAUAGAUAUACAUGUUGUCCAACACGUUAAAGAAACAGAUUUGAUGACGCAAGUUCAAAGCAAUUUUCCAAAUAUUUGUAAAAACAACCAAACUCAUAUUGUAAAUGAGCAAGGUGAUUUAUACACACUGCCUGGUUACAAAGAUGUAAAUGCUAAAACAAGCCCCAUAAACAUAUCUGACACUACAGAAAUAAGCAAUAUAAACUGUGGUCUACAGGACGAUGACUUGUUGUCCAUUGGUGAGCUUGAACACAAUAGUAUAAUAAGUAGCUUUGAGCAUUGUGAACGAUUACACUCUACAAGUUCCUUGCACUCCGACUUUAUGCCUGAUAUCUUAGAUGACCACAACCUGGAAUCUUCUCCUUUUUUUUGCGUGGAUCCAGACCUUUGGAACAUGGCAGAAACAAAUUGCAAUAACGUAUCUUUAAAAGACAGUCCUGAUGUGUUAAAUAGUUGUGAGAACAGUUCCCAGGCUUCUAAUAGCCCAGAUCUCUGUAAAGAGUAUGAAAACGGUCAAAUCUACAGGCAGCAGUCAAACAUAUGGACAGACUACUUCCCAAGAACAGCAACUCAGCCCGACAGUACAAAUGUGAGUCAAUAUGAUUCUCAGGAACAGGAACCUUCAAAUACAUUGCAUACAUCUGCUAGUAAUGUCUUGGAGUUGGACUUCAUUGAUCAUGAACAUAAUAGCAAUGUAAACACUGAUACUGCGAACUCUGUGUUUUUUUUUAAACAUAAUGUUGACUUAAUCAAUAGAGGCCAAAGUCCAUCACCUGGAGAGAAUGAAUAUUUAAUAAGGCCAGAGACAUCAAAUAUAACGUUUGCAGACCAUGCAGCUCCAAUAAGUCAUAGUGAGGAGGCAGAAGAUCUUAACCAGAUAAGAGGUACACAGGCAAAAGAAGAGGAUGCACAUCUAUAUCCACUUCUAAAUAGCAAAGGAGCUGGGAAAGAUGCUGGAUUCACAGAAAGGAUUCUGAAUAACCCAAGUUCUCCUCCAGGUGGCAACAUUGGACUGCAUAAUGAUACAGACACGAUAUUUCAAAAGACAAUGCCUGAUACAGUUUUUUCAGCAGAGUCCCCAGAUACAGUUCAGUCAACCUCCAUGACCAUUGUAAGUGAAAACCAAGCUACCUAUGAGUCCCGAUUCCAUCCUUUUCACUUGGGGGAGAAGAGUCCCUCUAUUUUUCUUCAAAAGAGAGAAAGUAAGAAGACAUCAGAAGAAAUCUCAGAACACAGCUGGAGCAUAAUUUUAAGCCAGACUUCUGAUACCUCUCCUGAAGAUAUUUUCAGCAGAGCCGACACCGGAGAUGGAAAGAUCUCAGACCGCAAUCAGAGAUAA